AUGGCGGACGAAUCCUCAGCAGCGAACAACGCCAGUGGAGCGGCCAACAGCCAAGGGGAACAUAUCCAAGUGAAGGUUAGAUCCCCUGAUGGCGCUGAAGUUUUUUUUAAAAUAAAAAGGAAAACGAAGUUAGAGAAACUGAUGGAGGUUUACUGCAAUCGCCUGGGGCAGUCCAUGGAGGCAGUACGUUUUUUAUACGACGGAGAUAGAAUUCACGGAGAGAAUACACCAGACCAAUUGGGCAUCGAAGAUGGAGACGUCAUUGACGCCAUGGUGCAGCAGACAGGAGGAAAUUUAUUGUUUUAA